CCGCGGCGAACGACGAACGACCACUCACCUCACACACCCCCCCUAGUCAAUGUACCGUACCCCACGACAAUAGUCGCAGCAGUAGCAGCAGAAUGACUUCAACCGCGCACCUCUCCGCCGACCUCCUCAGCGGGCUGCUCACAUUUACCACGCCGUUCAACGUCACGUCUUCACGCUUCCUGGCGCGGCUCAGCACCGAAGAAUCCCUAUUCCCUCGCGUCUGCGAACUACACAACACACUGGAACUCCUUGCGUCCUCGUCGUCGCCCAUGCGGCGGCUCUAUGAGCUCCGGGGGGUAAAGGGGGACGGCGAGACAAAUCAGGAUGCCGAGGACUUGCUCAGUUUCAUGCUUAACGCCGAGUUCCUGCUGUAUUCCCUCUACAAGGAAUACUCGAUCCUUCUCAAUCCGAGUCUGGCGCACUGGGUCGGUUGCUGUCGAGAGUUUGAGAGGUAUGCGAAGGGCCAUGUGGGCGAGUGGGGACUACGCGAUCAGGUGCUGAAGAUGCGCGCGGCAUUUGUGAAGGGGAUUUUGAGUGAGAGGGGAGAGGAUUUGGCCAAGAUAACGCCGCAGGACUUCGCGUUGCGUGGUCUCGAUUUCGAUGUAGAACUCGAUUCGUUCCGGGAGGCACUGUUGGAUCAGGGGAUCUACGAGGAAGACUACUACUCGGAUGGCCCAGAAGUAGGCGACUCGCCGCAAGCUUACACCGAGAGCCAGAACGACAGCCGAUAUUCCAAGACUCCCUCGGUGUGCACCGAAACAACGCGGACUCCCGCAACACCCUCCACUCCUUCUCACCAGCAAGAUGCCCAGGCCCAAGCCCAAAUCGCCAACAUCCUCGUUCAAGCCAUGAGCGAGGAGCUUACACCGAUCCUCACCGACCGCCUCUUGACGCACAUCAGCGCGAACCUAUCUAUUCUCACCACCAUCCCGCUGGAACUGCUGUUGGCCCCCGCCUUCUCCAAUCUCUUUUCCACCAACCCAACUCUCACCCGCGGCCUCGUCUCCCUCUUCCUUUCGAGUGGCAACAAAUCUCAGCGGCGCGAACUCCUCGGCUCCCUCGAACUUCUCCCAAUCACCCUCGGCUCCCUAGAGAUGCUAAACGAUCUCACCCAGACGCAGCUGCUCAGCAACGGGGAGAUAGUACACCUUGUGCACGGCGUGCUGGCCAACGGUGUGCGGACUGCGGAAACGAUGGGCGCAAGGCAGGCACAGAACAGGCUUGUCAAGCUGCUGUGUCUGUUCGUUCAGAGUGUAUUGAGGAGUGAGGUUGUGGUAGUGACCGAUGUGUACUAUCACGUGCAGGAUCUCGGAGUUAAGUUCAUGAGUGUUAAGGAGGCGAGGGAACUUUGGAGGAUGUAUUGUGCUACCUAGCAUGGCAUUUCUUCCCCCCGCAUCCUCGAUUUCUAAUUGGUUUCUUGCUCUCUGAUUUCAUUCAUUAUUUCUUGGGAGACCAGACGGUGGUUAUAGCAUUUAAUAGGGGGUCUCUUGCA